AGACACAUUCAAGCUGUCCUCAGAGGAUCUUAUUACACUGAAGAUAACACACACAACCAGCGGACUGCAAGAUUGUCUUAAUUCCAUCAUUCAAGCAGUGUCCCACAGGGAAGUUAGGGAUGCUGUCACAACAAUGAAUUUUUAUAUUCUGAAUGACAGACUGGCAUUAAUGUGCAGUAGUGGCUCUUGUGGGGCCACUUUGAAGUGCUUGGCUUGGCAAACAGCAUUAAGCAGGUUUCUUCAGGUACUUCCAGCUUCUUCAGAGGAUGAAAAACUCCUAGUUGAUGUUAUAAAUUUUCUAAACAAGAUGCUUAAAGAACAGAAAAGUACAUCAGAAGUAACACACCUAAAAUGGAUCCUGGAUAUAGUCCUGAAGCACAAUCAAAAGUCUUUACUGGAUCUUGUGGUGCAGCCAGAAUCUCAGGUACAAGAUGAAACAGAUGACCUAAAGAUUCCUGUCAGACAACAAUUGCAGAAAGAAUUAAUUGCUUUCUUUAAUACACUUCUGGUCAGCUUCAUGACUGUUACUGAAAGGUAUAGUGUAAAAAGAUUUGUCCAUAUAAAACAGCAAUCUGUAUAAUCCAGAUUUGAUUCUUAAAGUG